UAGGCAGCGGGCGGAGGGAGCGAUCUGCCGGGCAGCGGCGCUGCUCUCCGCCGGGAGACUCCGCUGAAGCGCGCUCGGCUCCCGCGCCGAGGCAAACGACCGCUUGGGCUCGCCCUGCCCGCGGUGAGGAGCGCCCGAGCGAUUGUCGGGAAUUGCUGCUGCCUGAGCUGAUGGCGUACACAACCAGCUCCAGCCCUUCUGUGCCAGUGGGGCCCCAGUACUGCGUUUGCAAAGUUGAACUGUCUGUGUGUGGCCAAAAUCUUCUGGACAGAGAUGUCACCUCUAAAUCUGACCCCUUCUGUGUCUUAUUUAUGGAAGUCAACGGCAAGUGGACAGAGAUCGACAGGACAGAAACAGCUGUGAACAACCUCAAUCCAGCCUUCUCCAAGAAGUUUGUCAUAGAUUAUCGCUUUGAGGAGGUUCAAAAGUUGAAAUUUGCCUUGUUUGACCAAGACAAGUCAAGCAUGCAGCUGUACGAACAUGACUUCUUGGGAGAAUUUUCCUGCACCCUGGGAACAAUUGUCUCAAGCAAGAAGAUGACAAGAGCACUCCUCCUGGGGAACGGGAAGCCAGCUGGAAAAGGAAUGAUAAUGAUAGCAGCUCAGGAGCUGUCAGACAACCGUGUGAUCACUCUUAGCAUGGCAGGCAGGAAGCUGGAUAAAAAGGACUUGUUUGGAAAAUCAGACCCAUUUUUAGAGUUUUAUAAACCAGGAGACGAUGGGAAAUGGAUGCUAGUCCAUAGGACAGAGGUGAUUAAAUACACGCUGGAUCCUGUGUGGAAGCCAUUCACAGUGCCUUUAAUAUCUCUGUGUGACGGAGACGUCGAAAGGCAGAUAAAGAUCAUAUGUCAUGAUUACGACAACGACGGAGGCCACGAUUUCAUCGGGGAGUUCCAGACUUCCGUUGCCAAGAUGUGUGAAGCCCAAGAUGCCUUUUCGGUAGAAUUUGAAUGCAUUAACCCCAAAAAACAGAAGAAGAAAAGGAGCUACAAGAACUCAGGAAUCAUCAUUGUGAAAUCCUGCAAAAUCACCAGAGAUUACACCUUCCUGGACUAUAUCCUUGGGGGCUGUCAGUUAAUGUUUACGGUCGGGAUUGAUUUCACAGCCUCCAACGGGAAUCCCCGGGACCCCACAUCUUUGCACUACAUCAACCCCAUGGGAACAAAUGAAUACCUCUCAGCUAUUUGGGCAGUGGGGCAGAUAAUACAAGAUUAUGACACAGAUAAAAUGUUUCCUGCUUUGGGAUUUGGCGCCCAACUCCCCCCAGACUGGAAGGUUUCGCAUGAAUUUGCCAUUAACUUCAAUCCUACAAACCCUUUUUGCCUCGGUGUAGAAGGCAUCGUCCAAGCCUACUCCACCUGCCUGCCUCACAUACGCUUCUAUGGGCCAACUAACUUCUCCCCCAUCAUCAACCACGUGGCUCGGUUUGCAGCCCAGGCCACCCAGCAGCAGUCUGCGACUCAAUACUUCAUCCUCUUGAUCAUUACCGACGGCGUCAUCAGUGACAUGGACGAGACGCGGCAUGCCGUUGUGCAAGCCUCCAAGCUGCCCAUGUCCAUCAUCAUUGUGGGAGUGGGGAACGCGGACUUCGCAGCCAUGGAGUUCCUGGAUGGAGACAGCCGCGUGGUCCGGUCUUACACGGGAGAGGAGGCUGUGCGUGACAUUGUCCAGUUUGUGCCCUUCCGGGAAUUCCGCAGCGCACCGAAGGAAACCCUGGCCAAAGCUGUCCUGGCAGAGCUGCCGCAACAAGUGGUCCAGUAUUUCAAGCACCAGAACUUGCCACCCAUCAACUCGGAACCUGCCUAGGGCCCAGCCUACAAACUGCUCUUUGCCUGCAUGUGCCCCAAACGUGUCAAUGGCAGAAGGUUGCAUGUCUUAUGUGGUUUCACACAAUUUGUACUUUUUGAUUUAAGAUGAUUUAAUUUAAGAGACGCAACAAAAAUAAUCAAAGUGCCCUGACCACCCCAAAAGUGCAACAUGGGAAGCCGCCGGGCCUGAGAUUCCUGGGCCAAGGAAACUGUUGUCAAUGCAGGACAUUUUCCCUUCCCAGCCCUGAGAAUCAACUUUUAAGUAUUUGAAUGUACUUUGUAUGAUUUUUUUUUUUUUGUGGAAUGAGAGGAAAUUUUUACGCCCAGAACUUUCCAAGCAGUGAAGUUCUUGAUAUCCCAUUGCCCAAAGAAAUGUGGACAGUUCAUGGAUGUGUCAUACUUCUCAUGCUCAAUGUUCAUUUUUAUACUGUGUACAUGUUAUAUUUGUUAUACUCAGGUUAAUAAACAACCAUGGACUCUUUGCA